AUGACUCCCCCACUUUCCUAUCCUGCACUAAAAUCUGUAUUGGAGUAUGUGGUGGUUGAAAAACGAAUCCAUCUCACAUCCCGUAGCAAAUUUCUUCAACGAAUCGAUAAGACAAUACCUGUCUACGCAAAAUACUUUUCUUUACGGGGAGACAAUCUGAGUCUAGACAGUUUUCUAUUCACGGUGAAACAUAAGCAUUAUUAUCGACCGGAAGUCGAGAAGAAUGGAAAGUUAUUGAUGAGUUAUUUAAAAGGAAGAUCGAGUAUCAAUGUGGCUUUGGCUGUCUUCACCGGAGUCAAGACUUCUCAAGAGAUCCCAGUGAAACUUGACUUUAAAGUUAACAAACUGAGAACUUACUGCAGUAAUCUGGAAGUCGUGCUCCCAAUGAUCAAUCCUUGUGGUCUUCCAAUCAGAGUACUUUCCAUUGCUCUCGAAGAGCCCACUGAUGUCGACUGUGGAAUAGUGCAUUCUGCCAAAAAAGUUAUUUUUGAAGUAAACUCAUUGAGAAAUAAUCUGAUUGGUGUUGAGAAGCUUCGGAAUAACAGUGCGCGGUUUGAAUUUCGUUUUCUGCCCAUAACUGAUGUCGUAAGAAUUAUUAAAUAUUGGAUGCAACAUGGGAAAAAGGUUAGGACGGAGUUUUUGAUGUCCUCUUUAGCGAAUUCUGAUUCUGAUCUUGACGAAGUGAUGGCUAAUUUCCACGAAGAAUUCCGCAGAGCUCGAGGAUAUUCGGAAGAAAUCAAUGAGCAUUUUUGCUCCGGGUUUUCCAUUCAAUUGAGCUCUACUUCAAAGCUUUUUGUCUAUGGAAUCGAGAAGCCAAAGUACCAGUUGGUCUUGAAAGUUGUAUAA